AUGGCUUCCCGAAAGGAGAUUUUGAGUGCACACUUUACGAUCUGGGCAGCGGCAUUUGGACUGAUUAGCGAUGGAUAUCAGAACAAUCUCAUGACUAUGGCUAACGUUAUUUUCAAAAGGUUAUACCCCAAAGCUUACACUGCGGUAGUUUCAACCCGAGUCUCAAAUUCGCUACUCGUUGGCAAGUGCGCUAUCAUCGGACAGAUCCUCGUGGGCCUCAUCUGUGAUCGCGUCGGACGAAAGGUCGCCCUUGUAUCUACUACCGCUCUUAUUGUACUGGGUGCCGCCCUAGCGACAGCUGCUCAUGGCGCGGGUGGAAGUCCUACAGGAUUGUUCUGGUUCUUGACGUUUGCAAGAGGAAUCACGGGAAUAGGAGUUGGUGGGGAGUACCCGGCAUCGUCGACAAGUGCAUCGGAAGCCGCCAACGAGACAAUGACAGAUAGUCGAGGCCCAGUCUUUAUCAUGGUUACGAACUUUGUUUUGAGCUUUGGAGGGCCUUUAGCUGUGUCAGUUUUCUUGAUUGUCUUGUCCGCGGUGGGAGAAGAGCACCUUCAAAUUGUUUGGAGAGUUUGUUUUGGAAUAGGAAUGUUGCUGCCCAUGACAGUAUUUUACUUUCGUAUGCGGAUGCUCUCUACGCGGCUGUUUCGCAAUGGAGCCAUUAAACGACAUGUUCCGUAUCGGUUGGUAAUUCAGCGUUACUGGAAAUCAUUGAUAGGCACUUGUGGCGCUUGGUUUCUUUACGAUUUCAUCACCUUCCCGAAUGGCGUGUUUUCAGGCACUAUAAUAUCAAGUGUUAUCCAUGACGGCGAUAUCAAAAGAACAGCGGAGUGGCAGCUUCUUCUGGGGGCAAUCGCGUUGCCUGGUGUUUUCAUUGGGGCUCUCCUGUGCAACCCACUUGGACGUCGCAACACCAUGAUGUUAGGAUUCAGCGGUUAUCUGGUCUUUGGCCUCGUCAUCGGUUUAACCUACGAUAGAAUCACCAAAGUCGUACCUCUUUUCGUCAUCUUUUACGGAUUGAUGCAAUCCUUCGGAAACAUGGGGCCAGGAGACAUGUUGGGCCUAGUGAGUGCUGAAUCAUAUGCCACUCCGAUUCGGGGAACCUGCUAUGGGCUGUCUGCUGCCAUAGGCAAGGCAGGAGCUGCCAUAGGGACGCAAGCUUUCACCCCUAUUCAACUGCACCUUGGCAAAAAAUGGACAUUUAUUGUUGCUGCGAUUUGCGGCACAACAGGCAUCCUCGUGACAUACUUCUUCAUAUCUGAUAUGACCGGCGUUGAUCUUGCAGAUGAAGAUAUGAAGUUUAUGCAAUAUUUAGCCGAGAAUGGAUGGACAGGAGAGGUGGGGGAAAACCAGGUUGAGGGAGAUGAAUUACGUAAUCGCGCUUGA